GCCAUUGAGUCUCGCCGGACUCUUCCGGGCAUGUACCCCACCGUCAAAUCCAAAAUGUAAACAAAAAGUCUGCUUUGUGUUGUAGUUUUAUUACCAGCCGUCACUUAACCGCUGUCAAAGCUGUUAAAUCCUGAAUAUCUAAAGCAAAAAACUUCCAAACUCGUCACCCAUAGUUUAAAUGCUAACGCGCCAUGCAAACGUUAGCUCAGUGACAAUUUGUGAGCAGCCUGGAGUUGUGGAGGACUCCACAUGACAGCGGUGAAGAGAUGGGCUCUGUUCGCUGGGCUUUCCGCUGCGGGUCGUGGACACCCAGCAGGUCCGACUGGCUGCUCGCUGCUCGCUGCAUCCAGCCGGAGGAGAAAGACCGCAUUGGACAGUUUGUGUUCACCAAGGAUGCGAAGUCAGCCAUGGCUGGCAGGUUGUUGCUCAGGAGGUUCGUGUGUGAGAAGAUGGGCAUCCCCUGGUCAGAGAUCAGACUGGAGCGAUCUCCCAGAGGAAAGCCUUACUUGGCUGCACCACUGAAGGUCAGUUCAGAUUCAGGUCCGGCCUGGAGUUUCAACCUCUCCCACCAAGGGGACUACGCUGUGCUUGCUGCGGAACAGGGGAUGCAGGUCGGAGUGGAUAUAAUGAAGACUACCAUGCCGGGUAGCAGCUCCGUGCCGGAGUUUUUCCGCAUCAUGACUCGUCAGUUUACAGCUUACGAGUGGAGCAUCAUCCAAUCAGCCGGCUCAGAACACCAGCAGCUCGCCGCGUUCUACCGCCACUGGGCCCUCAAGGAGAGCUUCAUCAAAGCCAUCGGCACAGGUCUGGGGUUCAACCUGCAGAGGGUGGAGUUUCACCUGCCGACUGAACCGCUCACCCAGCCCCGGGCGCUGCGCCAGACCAAGAUGCAUCUAGAUGAGGAACAAGAAGAGGACUGGAUAUUCGAGGAGAGCUUACUGGAUGCUGACCAUCAUGUUGCAGUAGCACUUGGACCAGCAGACAAACUAGGAUCUGCACCUCCCCCUUCAUCUCUUCCUCCUCCCUCCACAUUUACGCUGCUGUCGUUCAGUGAGCUCGUCGCCUCAGCCUCACCUCUGACAGAGGAGGACUCCGCCUACUGGGAGAGUUUCAAGAUGAAGGCUGAAGCUCCGUCGAGACAGAGCGAUGCAGACACAUCCACGUAACCACCUGUCUCACGCUGACACUCGCCUGUCACACACGAACACACAAUCUUUUCAGAAGUGCCAAAAAGGAAGAACGCAUUCACUGACACUGAAGCUGCUUUCUUAUUCAGCGCAACUCCAGUCGAGUCCUGUCAAGUUUAUUUACAAAGCCAACAACCACAGCUUUGUCUCGGAGGACUUCACAAUCGAUACAGCAUCUGACACCAUCUAUCUUUAGAUCCUCAGUUCCAGUGAAGAAAAACUCCACAAAAACACACCUGAUACACACAAACAACACUGUACAAUACACCCAACGAUAAAUGUUGUUUAAUAAAAAGUUGGAGCUGUAGCAACCUUC